CUCAGACUCUGCUUGUGGUAGUGAUACUGCCUCCACUUCCUCCAGCUCCUUAUCUGGUGAUAUAAAUGUUAUCGCAACUUUACACCUCAUGAAAGAUGGUAACAAUGCCGUCGGUGUACCUGUACCGAAUGGAGGAAAUAAUGUGAAGAUACUCCUUAUUGAUGAUCCCAAGAUGGAUUCCUCUACCAGUGGUGGAAGUGCUGAGAAUUUGGAUGCCCCUCAUUCAAGAGAUGGCGGUUCUGAUGCUGAGAAGCAAUCUGAAACAAAAAGUGGAAAAACGGCCAAAACUGCUUUAGAGCUCUUAAAAGAUGCGGUGAAGCUACCCCUCAGUGAUGGUGGAAGUAAUGAGAGCGUGAACGCCUCUGAUUCAAGAGAUGGAAUCAAUGUCAAUGCGAUUUUGCAUCUCGUGAACGGCAAAGAAAAUAAGAAGUUUCCUAUCAUCCAUGGAAAAAUGUACGGCAGUCCUGACCUACCCACUGUGAACGAUCCCGAGAAGGAUUCCUCUCCCAAUGAUGGCAAUUCUGAUGAUAAGAAACAAUCUGAAACAAAAAGUGGAAAACAAGCCAAAUCGAUUUUGGAGCUCAUAAAGGAUUUGGAGAUGCUUCUCAUUGAUGAUGGCAAUCCUGAAGAUAAGAACAAACCUGAAGCAACAAGUGGAACAAAGGCAAUUGCGAGGUUGUGUCUCUAUAACGAAGUCAAGAAGGGUUCCUCUUCCACUGGUGGAAGUACUGGGAGUGUGGACGCCUCUGAUUCAAGCGAUGGCAGAUCAGAUGUUACUAAACAAUCUGAAACAAAAAGUGGAGUAAAGCUCAUCGCAAUUCUACAUCUCUGGAAUGGACAAGAUCACGAGAAGAUUCUUCUCAUUGAUGAUCCUGAGAAAGACUCCUCCACACGCGGUUCCAAUGAGUCCAUCAGCUCAGACUCUGCUGUUGGUGGUGACGGGAGCUCUCCUACCCCUGGCUCCUCCUCUUCAUCUUCAUCCGGCUCAAUAGUCUCCUAAAGCAAUUUUGGUGCAUUUUUGAUCGAACACUUUCAAAUCAGCUUCAUUAAGCUAUUUUAUCUAUAGUCUGUCAUUUAAUUUUUUUUUGUAUUGAAAAUUUUAAAAACAAGCACAUAUUUUUAUUUCGGUGGCCUACGUUAAAAUGUAUGGUUGCAUAUUUUGCCUUUUAAGUUACUGCAGCAGGAAUAUUUUACUGAAAUAUGUAAGUUUACAAACUCUGAGACAUUUAACUGAAAUAGCAUGCAUUAUCUGAAAAACAAAAAUUCCACAAAAUAAAAUAAAUUAAGUAAUAAAACCUUUUCAAAAACAUGUAGUUUCAACCUUUUGCCAAAUUUUGAACAUUUUUAUAAUUUUUACAUGAAAAAAUACUUUGAACUUUAGUUUGGGCUAAAGCUUUUCUUUUCUGAAGUGAUAUAUUUGACUGCCUUUAACAAGAAAUGUAUAAAAAAAGAAAUAGUUACUGUAUCUUCACAUUAUUACUAAACCUCUUAGUUAUUACAAUAAUGUAAAAGCUUUUAAAUGAACACAUAUGUGACCAGUUCUGGGUUUUUAUUUUUUAUUUGGAUCAAUCCAUCCUAACUAAUCAAAUAUAUUUUAAGAAAAAAAAAAAGAUUUUUUGACAUUUAUAUGAUGCAAUCACUGUAAUAAAGAGUAUAAAAGAUUUCAAUACUAUAUCUAUAUUUUAUACAUCUAUUUUGUUUUUUGUUUUUUUAACUUUUUUGACAAAUUUAAUCAGCUUUGACUUGCUUAGUAAAGUUGCCUUAUUAGUUAGGAACGGUUUUUUGUUAUCAUCAUCAAUUAAAGUCAAAUUUUGUUACUUUUACUGAGAGGUGUAAAUAUUUUCAGUAUUUUUCUUAUAUCUGAAAAAUCUCAACUUCCAAACUUGUUGAGGAAAAUAUAAAUUGCUUUUUGUAGCUUUUAUCAAAUGGUACAAGUUGGGUUAACAGUAUUGUUCCUAUUGUUUUGUUGUUAUGUUACAUAAUGGAACUUUUUUUUACGCUAAAGCUUUUAUGCCUGGAUCUAUGGGAAUAUCAUAAAUAAAACAUCUGACAGACUCCCUCAAAAUUUGCACUUUGAUGAAUCUGUAUUGUAUACACUAAACAAAGUUCAUUAAAUAGAAAUAAAUGUGACAGUAUGUAUGAUGCUAAAAUCCUCGAUUACUUUUUAUGUAUUUGUUUACACUUCUGUAUGUAAUAUACUUGUCUGGAAAUGGUGAUGGGUUUAUGUUUUAAUCAAUAAAGAUUUGAUACAUUCUA